AUCCCCUUCCCUCGCCUUCGCCUUCGCCUGCGCCCUCGUCCAUUCACUUCCCUCCCCUCCCAACGCCACCGCUACCUCCUACCUUACCGCACUACCGCUACGCCUCCCUUCGCUGGGCUUUAUAUGUCUCGUUGGCUUCUCCCUCUCGCCCACCCAUACUGCACUCUCGUGUGCUCCCUCCAUCCCUCCCUCGCUUCCCGAAAGGACACACUGUCUUUACUACGACCGCAUCUUCACCCCACACACACACACAUUAUCCAAUACCCGGCACAAUGAGCACGACCGCUCUGCCGCAGCAGCAGUCGGCUGUCCGGCGUACCAUCACCAUGGACUCUGUGCCCUCGACGGGCUCCAACUCCACCGCCGGAACACCGGACGACUCGCCCACUGCUUCGGCCUCGUCGACUUCGCUAUCAUCCCUGGGCUCGGUGGAAGACUUCCAGCAAAAGUCCGCUCCACAAAAGCUGAUUGACACGUAUGGCAAUGAGUUUGAACUACCCGACUACACCAUCAACGACAUCCGCAAUGCCAUUCCCAAGCACUGCUACGAGAGAUCUGCCGUCAGAGGCCUCAGCUAUGUCGCCCGGGACUUCGCUCUCCUGGCUACAACCUUCUACAUCUUCAACAAAUUCUGCACUCCGGAGUAUGUGCCUUCAUACGCACUCCGAGCGGGACUGUGGGCGUUCUAUACCUUCGCUCAGGGCUGCUUCGGUACUGGUGUGUGGGUCCUUGCCCACGAGUGUGGUCACCAGUCCUUUUCCCCCAGCAAGGUGCUCAAUGACACUGUCGGUUGGGUGUGCCACUCCGCACUACUGGUCCCCUACUUCAGCUGGAAGAUCAGUCAUGGCAAGCACCACAAGGCGACUGGAAACAUGGAGCGUGACAUGGUCUUCCUGCCACGCACCCGAGAGGAGCAUGCCACCAGAAUGGGCGCCUGCCUUCACGAGAUGCAUGAGUUGCUCGAAGAGACUCCCAUUUACACCGCAUCCAUGCUUCUGGGCCAGCAGCUUGCAGGAUGGCCUUUGUACCUGUUCAAGAAUGUGACGGGCCACAACAACCACGAGAAGCAGCCGGAAGGCAAGGGUGUGGGAAAGAAGAACGGCGAUGGUAGCGUCAACCACUUCUUGCCCAGCAGUCCAUUGUACGAGAGGAAAGAUGAGCAUCUCAUCCUGUUGUCCGACCUGGGUCUUGCCAUCACCGUGUCCAUUCUCACUCUUGUGGGCCGCACCUAUGGCUUCCAAAACCUUCUGGUCUGGUACAUCCUCCCAUACCUGUGGGUGAACCACUGGCUUGUCGCCAUUACAUACCUCCAGCACACCGACCCAUCGCUUCCCCACUACACUGGUGAUGCGUGGAACUUCACUCGCGGCGCCGCCGCCACCAUUGACCGCGAGUUUGGUUUCAUCGGCCGCUCGUUGAUGCACGGCAUCGUCGAGACCCACGUCCUCCACCACUACGUUUCCACCAUCCCCUUCUACCACGCAGACGAGGCCACCGAGGCCAUCAAGCCCAUCAUGGGACGCCACUACCGUGCCAAUGUGGAAGGCGGCUCGCUCGGAUUUGUGCAGUCCAUGUGGAGCAGCGCUCGAUGGUGCCAAUGGGUCGAGCCCAACGAGGGCGCAACCGGCGAGCACUCCAAAGUUCUCUUCUUCCGCAACCGAAAUGGUCUCGGUGUACCACCCGCGAAGAUGGCUGCGCCAGGCGCCAAAAAGAGCUCGAUGAUGGUGGGCGACGAUAGUGAUUAGACUGCGAGGAAGCAGUGCGUGAUAUCGAUACAGUGUCAUUCCCAGUCCUUCGCUUCUGGGACGGUUUUGAUGCGCUCUUAGCGCGGCGUUUAGAGCAGGGAAAUGAUGUUUUGCCUGGUUAGGCAGAGGUGAAAAUAUGAACACAGCACUAGAUCUAGAGCCAUCCGAAUCAAAUAAUGGAUGAUUGUGCACGAUGAA